AUGUUUUAUAAGAAAUCACCUGCUGGUUGGACUUGAUGGAUAGUAAAAUCUUUUUUUAGGUUUAGCAUUGAAGGGACACUCUUCUGUUUAGAAAAUUUUGAGCUUUCUACCUCAUCAGACAUCAUAUUCGAAAUACUUCGGAUCUCCAUUGCCUUGUGAAGCAGCUCCUUGAUGUCGCUUUGAAGGUUGGAUUUCUUAGCUGGACCUUGGGAAGAGAACUUCUUUGAAGGGAGUCCUCAAUCUGGAACUAUGAGAUGAUUACUCUUUCAUGCUUUAGGCUCUCUUCUCGAUACAAAUUUUUUAAGUUCUUCUAGACGAGAAGAAGUCGAUUUAAUCAUACUACUAGAAUUUGGCUUAAUCUGGAAAGGAGAGCUUGACAUAUUCUUAUCAAGAUUCUUCGAUACAUUCACACUUGAUGCAGAGGCAUUUUCAUCCAAAAGGUCAACGGAAAUGUUUUCAUCAAAGUCAAUUAAAUUUUUCAUUUUUAUUACUAUAUUCUUCAAAUUAUUUCUCAUUAUAUCACAUAUGUCAUAUUACUACAGCCCUUGUUGCCUCUUAGACCUUCCAUAA